AUGAACAGAACCCACCUUCGAGUGUUAUUUGCUGGUGGUUUACCAGCAGUCAACACCGAUUGUCAUGAUUACCCAGUUUUGACACCAAGAGCGACUUGUCAGUUCCCUGGAUUGCAUAUUGAGGUAGGGUUUAAAUAAAUAUUUUUAAUGACUAUUUUUAGUAAAUUUAAAAGUUUGCUCUAAGAGGCAGUAAUUUCAUGUCGUGUAUGCAAAACUUGAUUGAUCUGUCAUAAUUUACGCUCAACUUUCAGAUAAUCAAACGAAUUGCGGAUCGAAUGGGCCUGAUAUUAGAUGCUACAUAUCUAGAAGGGGAGCUACCUAUUGUUGGGACUGUGGUAAGUGACCAUGCUUUUUAGAAGUUCCCAGAAAUGUUGUUUAUUAUAUAUUGCUGCUUUUAUACUGUAGUAAAAAAUUUAAAAUCUUUCCACUCAUUUUAACAUUCAAAUAGCUUCUGUUCUUUACAUUCUAGUAACUUGUAUUCUUUUAUUUCUUCAGGAAAACAAUACGAUAACUGGAAUGCUAGGCUAUGUGUACAACAAAACCUAUGAUACAAUCGGAUUGUCUGUGGGUCAAAAUGAAGAACGAAAAAAGUAUUUUGAAUAUUCGAAGCCGUUGUAUUAUGUAGGUUACUCUGAUAUCUAAAUUACAAGUUAUUUUUAAAUUUUGUCAUUAUUUUUAAUUUGAUGCAGUAACACGGCAUGACGAGGCGUGAAUCUUAAAAUGGCAACGACAGUUAAGUAUUGUAAAAUAAUUUUAAAAUAGUACAACAAAAAAUGUAUUUGUGGAACUAAACUUCACUUUAUAUAAGUUUAGUCACUCAACAUGGCCUUCAUAAACAUGCCGGACAAUAAAUGGGACAAGUACUUUGCGUAUCUUCAAAGUUAUCAAAACAAUUCGUGGAUUGCCAUUGGAAUCGCCCUAAUGUUACAGUGCUUGCUGACAGUUAUUGUACAUAAAGUUGAGGAAGAUCUGCAGAAGGUAAGAGUAAGAAUAGAACAUCGAUUUGAAUAUUACAAUUUUCAAAAAUACAGUAAAACGUCUUCAGUAUGACACCCUCUUUAUGAUUCCAAUGAACAGUGUGACAGGUAAUCGUACUUUAGUCUAAUCUCUGGAAUGUCAUACUAAAAAGGUUUGAUUAUAAGUCAAAAAAAAAUUUUGUACGGUUUGCAAGCCUAAGAUCGAAAAAUCAUUUUUUGUCUUUUUGAUGUUAAAGAAAAAAAUUAAAGUUGACCUUCUAGGCUUCUGUACGACAUACUGUGAGCGAAUCAAUUUGGCAGAUCAUACGACUACAGUUACUUCAACCAGAAUCACUCCAGUUGACUUCUAAUGCAGGUAAACGCACGACUGUCAUUUCAAAGGCCAAAAGGCUUUAUUACUCAAUUUUUAAAUUUUGAAAUUCAGAAAAUAUCAAAACUUUAUUCAAGAAAUUCAAAAAUUGUUUUAGGAAAGUUCUCAGUAGUAAUCUUCUCGUUAGUACAAUGUACUGUAAUCAUGGGCGUCCUCAGCUCAUACAUCUUUUCCAAUCUUGUACGACCUCCCCAAUCAAUACCUUUCAAAACUUUUUCUCAAUUUACAUCACUGAUAGCUGAGGGUAAGUUACAUUUGAUCGACUUGGGAUCAGCUGGACUGCUUCAUGAGCUAAUACGAACUUCAAAUGCAUCAGACUUAUUGGGACUCAGACAUGCUUUAGUCAAAAACCCCCUUAGGGUUGGGAAUUCGGUAGAGGAAGUCAUGGACAUGAUGGACACUCCUGGCGCUGUUUUAGUCAGAUUCGUAAGGUUUUGCUAGAGCUUUGAUUAAAAAUUGUCUAUGUUAACAUAGCUUUAAUAUUGUAUAUUGAACAACGUAAAAAUGUCAUUUCCAGGACGAUGAGCAUCUAACCUUUAAAGUUCAUGAAAAAUGUGGCCUCUACAUAUAUGACUCACUGUUACCUCCUUCCUUUGGUUACCUGGUUUUCAAGAAGGGGUUCCCCUACAUGAAUGAAGUUAAUCGUGCUGUAGACCUUGAACACCAUAACUUUCGAAAAAUGUGGUUAAAAUACUUACGAUCCUAUCGAGGACAGCUCGGAUGCUCACCUGUGUCAUAUCGUCGUAUUGAAGAGCAUUAUCCUUACAUUGGGACAGUUAUGAUGUUAGCGUUGGCUGAAAUUAUAGCGUUUACUCUCUUUGUAAUGGAGCUUUUUGUUCAUUAUUUUUAUCGCAAAACGUUUUAA